AUGAAGAUUGCCAUAUUGCUUAUUUUAGCUGUUUCACUCAAUGCAGUCUCAACAGACUUGAAUAGAUAGGCCUAGAAGCAUGUUGAUGCCUUAAUGAAAACUAAUUGGGGACAAACCAUCUUACAAUUGGCUGAAUUACAUGCUCACACAGGAGGAGUUUUAUAAGACUUAGUAGGAGCAAUUGAAGAAAUGAUUUAAUAAAUGUAAGAUGAAUUGGAUGAAGUCGAAUACAACUAUGGAGUUAGAACAAAUGAACACAACUCAUUAUCAUUAUAAUAUACUUAAGAAGUUUAAGAUGCUGAUAUUGACAUCUAAAGAAGUGCUGAUACAUUGGAGAAUUUACUUUAUCCAAGAAGAGAAUAACUCAAGAGCAAGAUCUAAUAAUUGAUUGAUUACUAAGAAUUCAAUAGAAAGAAUGUCGAUGAAGAAACAUUGAUCAGAGAAUAAGAGCAUGAAGCCUUCGAAGCUUAAAUCGCUGAAUUCAACGAUGCAGUUGGUGCCACUGAUGAUGCCUUAAACUUGUUGAGCACAUUGACCAACCCAUCAUUGGUUUAGAUUCAAAAAUUCUAAAACAAUUUGAGAAAGAUCGAAGCCAGAAUCCAACCACAUUCAUAACACCAAACUUUAAUCAAGGCCUUGAUCACUUUGGCUUCAGAAUAAAACUUCUCAGAUUAAGGAAUCAUCAAACAAAUCGUUGACAAAUUGAAUGAAUUCAGAAAUGCCGUCGUUGAUGCCAUCAAUGCUGCUACUGCUUAAGAAGCCUAAGAUGUUCAAGACUACGAGGACAGAAUUGAAUAAUUGGACGCUGAAUAUGCUGAAUUCUAAAGAUAAAUUACUAAAAUUACCAUUGAUUUGAAUGCUACUUAAGAAAAGAUUGAACAAUUUUUAUCAUUCCAAGCCCAAAGAUAAUCUGACAGAAACACUGCUUAAGCUUUACUUGAUUUGGAGAAUGAACAAUAUGCUGAUGACACCUAAAUUUACACCGACUUAAAGAACAAAUUAAUCAGAGAUAUUCAAGUGACUGAGGAAGCAUUCAGUUUAGUCAAGAGCGUUGACUUCAGCAAAAUUAAAGUCUGAUUGAAUAUAUAAACAAUAUAUUAAUAAUUAUUCAUUGAGAAUUUCUAGAAUAAA